GGUAAUUACACAUCACCCGGCCUUCUUUUAUUUAUUGCCUCUUCUUCCCGAGAUCGUAUCUCUCCUUCGUUGAUCGCAGGCUUCAUUUCUCCCUCCGUCUCUCUACAGAUCCCUCUUUCAUUUCAGGGAUUAGCAGCAAAAGGACAGAUGGGGCUCACAUUCACCAAGCUCUUCAGCAGGCUUUUUGCCAAGAAGGAGAUGAGGAUUCUUAUGGUUGGUCUUGACGCAGCUGGUAAGACAACCAUAUUGUACAAGCUCAAGCUGGGAGAGAUAGUUACUACCAUCCCCACUAUUGGUUUCAAUGUGGAGACUGUUGAGUACAAGAACAUUAGCUUCACUGUUUGGGAUGUUGGGGGUCAGGACAAGAUCCGUCCAUUGUGGAGGCACUAUUUCCAGAACACCCAAGGUCUUAUUUUUGUCGUGGACAGUAAUGACAGAGAUCGUGUUGUGGAGGCAAGGGAUGAGUUGCAUAGGAUGUUGAAUGAAGAUGAGCUUCGUGAUGCAGUGUUGCUUGUGUUUGCUAACAAACAAGAUCUUCCAAAUGCCAUGAAUGCUGCUGAGAUAACUGAUAAGCUUGGCCUCCACUCUCUCAGGCAGCGCCACUGGUACAUUCAGAGCACCUGUGCAACUUCUGGAGAGGGGCUCUAUGAAGGGCUUGAUUGGCUCUCCAACAACAUCGCCAACAAGGCCUAGACUAGACUGUUGGAAAGCGCGAGGGAAUUCUCUCCUCUUUCACUCUCUCUCUGGAUGCAUGCGGUGUUUUUUCUGGGUUUUUUUUACUCAAGUCUGGUUGUGAACAUCAUCUCUUUUAAAUGGGCAUUUUGAAUUUUAUUUUUUGUGUAGUAUAAGAUUUGAAUAUAUGUAAUGUUAUGGUGUUUUCACUCAUGCUGGUAUGGUUGAGAAUUCCCUUCUCGUUUCCUUUUUGAGCUCUACCUUCUUCCAUUAACGUGUCAAAUUAAGUGUUUUCUUCUUGAUAGUAGUCCUCGAGUGCAAAUGACAUUACGAUUCUCAUCUUGGGAGCGUAAACAUCACCCCUUUCUUGAUGCAAGUCUUUCCAACUCUUGAAAUCAUCUGCCAUCAAGGCAUAUUUAGAGUUUG